AGAUAUAGUAUAGGUAGAGCAGCGUCGGUAAAGCAGAGCCUUACAUCCAAUGAAUUGCGCAGGCGUAUAUAUAGAGAGAAGGAGAUUUUUAUUAUUAUAAUUAUUAUGUAUUAUUAUUAUUAUUAUUAUUAUUAUUAUUGGUAUUGUUGAAGCAACUGCGAGCAACUGUCGUUCAGUUUGACGUUUCACGAGAUUAAAACUCUUGGUAACAUCAGUGACCAGUGCAUUUUGAAAAGAUGAAUAGACUGUUUGGACGUGCUAAAGCCAAGGAACCUGGUCCCAGUCUCACUGAUGUCAUUGCUGGGGUUGAUGGACGUGCAGACACAGCAGAAAAAAAGGUACAACGUCUCGAUGCUGAAUUAAAAAAGUACAAAGAUCAGCUAGCAAAGAUGCGUGAUGGUCCGGCCAAGAAUGCAGUCAAGGCUAAAGCGAUGAGGGUGCUGAAACAACGUAAGAUGUAUGAGGGACAGGUGGAGAGCCUGAGACAGCAGGCUUUCAAUAUGGAGCAAACCAACUACGCCACCCAGACCCUCAAGGACACCCAGAUCACAAUGGCUGCGAUGAAGGAUGGUGUCAAACAGAUGCAGAAGGAGUUCAAGAACAUCAACAUUGAUCAUAUUGAUGAUAUGCAGGACGACUUGGCUGAUAUGCUAGAUCAGGCGGACGAGGUGCAGGAGGCGUUGGGGAGGAGCUAUGGGAUGCCAGAAAUUGAUGAUGAUGAGCUUGAGGCAGAACUUGAUGCGCUUGGUGAUGAUUUGGCUCUUGAUACUGAUACUUCGUAUCUUGAUGAUGCCAUCACUGCACCUAAUGCUCCUGAUAAGGAACCUGGGGCUAGUUCUGUCCGGAACAAGGAUGGAGUUUUGGUGGAUGAAUUUGGCUUGCCACAGAUCCCAGCCACAUAAUAAAUAAAACUUGAAAAACGAAAACAAUAAUAAAUGCAGCCAUUCAUGUUUAUGUACAUCUCCAAACAAGUCCCAGAGGGGUCUGCAAUCAAAACGCUUUAAUAUAUUAAAAUAACGUAAAGUAAAUUUUUUUAUUAACGACACGUAAAUUACGAGGUGACCAAGGUGAAAGACCAAGGGAAUUAAGUGCAUCCGUUUUAUUCUUACAAUGAUUUUUUAAUGUUAUUAUUAUGAAAAACAACAUGUAUUAUCGGCGAAAAUGGAGGUGAAUAGCACAAGUCACAGCACUUUGAGCCUUGGAA